AUGAAGGUCUCUGUGUUCUCCACACUACUCUUGGCUACCAGUGCCAUUGCCGGCCGCAGUGCUCAGCAUGUCAACAAGAAGCUACCUGAGCGUAUUCGACGUGAGCCUGCUGGUCUGCCUGCUGUAGGUCUGGACAAGAGAGCUGCCACCAAGAAGAAGCACCAUAUCAUUCCUCAGAACAAGAACACAACAAAGUAUGCUGUCGACGGCACCAAGAUUCCUGAUGUCAACUUUGAUAUUGGCGAGAGUUAUGCUGGUUUGAUGCCCAUUUCUUCGCAGCAAAAUGCUAGCGAGCUCUACUUCUGGUUUUUCCCUUCAGAGGACUCUCAUGCCAGUGAUGAAAUCUUGAUCUGGCUCAACGGUGGUCCGGGUUGCAGUAGUCUUGAGGGCUUGCUCCAGGAGAAUGGACCCUUCUUGUGGCAAUAUGGUACAUACGCUCCAGUCAAGAACAACUACAACUGGAACAACCUCACCAACACUAUCUGGGUCGAACAACCUGCCGGUACUGGCUUCAGCUCAAAGGGUAGCACACCUUCGGCAACCAGCGAGGAAGAGGUCGCAGAACAAUUCGCCGGAUUCUGGAAGAACUUUAUCGAGACUUUUGGUCUGCAGCACAAGAAAAUCUACGUUACUGGCGAAAGUUAUGCUGGUUUCUACGUUCCUUACAUUGCCGACAACUUCAUUCAGAAGAAUGACACGGCUCUCUAUGAUGUUCAUGGUAUCAUGAUUUUUGACCCUUCGAUCUCCUAUGAUGUUGUGCUGCAAGACAUCCCAGCCACUCCGUUCGUUGACUACUGGGGAGGCCUUUUCAACCUGAAUCAGACAUUCAUGGACGACAUCCACAAUCGCUCGGAUUCUUGCGGCUACACUGCCUUUAUGGAGGAGGCUCUUACCUUCCCACCCAAGGGUCUGCUUCCUGCUCCUCCGAAUGCAGACUACAGUAUGCCUGGCUGUGAACUUUGGAACGACAUCUUCAGUGCCGUCAGCCUCGUCAACCCUUGCUUCGAUAUCUACCAGGUCGCUACCACUUGCCCUCUGCUCUGGGACGUGCUCGGUUUCCCCGGUAGCUUCGACUACCUUCCGGAAGGCGCCCAGAUCUACUUUAACCGCACAGAUGUUCAAAAGGCCAUCAACGCCCCCAUUGAGGAAUGGGAAGAGUGCAGCUCUGGCGUCCUCCGUAAGGAUACUAGCGAAUACACCUCGUUGAGUGUACUUCCCAAAGUCAUUGAACACACCAACAAUGUCAUCAUCGGUCAAGGCAUGCUCGACUACAUCAUCUCUUACAACGGCACACUCAUGGCUAUCCAAAACAUGACUUACGGCGGUGCCCAAGGGUUCAGCCAAGGCCCCCAGACUUGGAAUGACUUCUUCGUUCCCUACCAUUCUGAGCUCAACCAAGGCGACCUUGCUGGAGCCGGUGUCAUGGGCAAAUACUACACUGAACGUGGUCUUACCUUUGCUACUGUACAACUAAGUGGACACAUGUUGCCCCAAUACGCCCCUGGAGCCUCGUAUCGUCUAGUUGAAAAACUUUUGGGCAGGGUAAAGACUCUGGGUGCCGAGACCAACUUCAGUACCCAGAAGGGCAACUUUGGCAAUGGCUUCGACUUUAUCACAGCCAACGUUACCAAGUAG